GGUUUGCUGAUUCUUGCUAGUCUAUAACUUUUUACUUGACUUUUAAAACCGUGGGCGUAAAAAACUGCUCUGCCCGUGUAACCUAUAGGCUAUAGCCUGCACGUAGACCUGCGUCCGGUGCAGCGCCAGGAAGCAACAUAAUAAAGCUACUAUCUAUCAAGCACGGACAAUGGAAGGAGGCUGACAUCUUCUGGACAUUCUUGACGUCUUCGCCAUAUUCAUUGAGAAUAUACCUCUGUGACUGUGGCUUUUAAAAUGAGAGAAUUAAUAUCCAAAGUUGUUAUGCUUGGGUCGCAAGCAGUUGGAAAAACAAGUGUGAUACUGAGGUUAAAAGGGAGCAGAUUUGACAAGCAUGUCAGUCCAACAAUAGGAGCUUCAUAUUGUGCCUGCAAAGUAAAUCUGGGACACAUGGAAGUGAAGAUGCAGGUUUGGGACACUGCUGGACAGGAGCGAUUCAGAGCAAUGGCUCCCUUGUACUACAGGAAUACAAAUGCUGCUAUUUUGGUAUAUGACAUCACAAGCUAUUCAUCCUUCGUUGACUUGAAAUCUUGGGUAGAAGAGCUGAAUGGCAAUGUAGACAACCCGCUUGUGUUGUGUCUCCUGGGCAACAAGCACGACCUUGAGGAUAGGCGGGAGGUGCCAACGGAAGAAGCUUUCAACUUUGCUGCCUCGAUUGGUGCCGUCUUCCAGGAGACGUCUGCUUACCAGAACACAGGAGUGGAGGAGGCAUUCUAUGAAGUGGCUGUGCGCAUCUCCAGACUGUGUGACAGUCUUCUCAGACUAAACUCGCUGAUAGAAAACGGCAAUAACACGAACAUGAAUGAUGUCAUCGACGGUGUGCUGGGACACCAGGGCAACACACACCCGCAUGUAGACAACAUGGAUAUGCCCAAGUGCUGCUAGCUACUGCCCGUGCAGUGCUGCCAUCUACAGGGUAGCUACCACUGUUAAUUAUGUCGUGGAGUCAUAUAGAGCUAUAGGUGUGUGGUAGUCUCCUUUGUUUUAAUUCACAGGGUAUACUAUGAUAUUAUAUUAAGCUCCUAAUAACAGAGCUUAUUUUCGUAAAUUGCUUUUGCUACCAACGGAGAGAUUAUUAAUUCUUCAUGUGUGGAGUCUUGUUUUUCAAAAACCCUAACCCACAGCCCUGAAACUGAAAGGGGUCAGUUUUUACCUUUGUUUGACUCGUUUUUCUUCUUUUCCUUCUUCUUUCUAUUUAAUAGUUUAUUGCAGCCCGUAACUUCCCUAUCUAUAUUUACAAAUCUCUCUACCAAGCAUAAUAUGGAAGUUGCUAGAUUCCAAAUAAGCCUACUUGGCUUUUCGAUAUUUGCAUGUACAAUAUACUGGCCAGUAAACAUAAAAAUACAAUCAUUUAGCAAAGAAAUGUUUCUAUAGUGUCGUAUGGUGCAAGAGAGUGUAGAACGUUAUACUUUAUUGUUGGUAUCAUGUAUUAUUAUAAUGGACAGCUCUUGCGCCCAAAUGGAAUGUACAACAUUUGAUCAAUAUUUCUGUGCCAAUCACCACCGUUCUUGGCUUGCCCCAGCUAUGCUACUAACACGUUUACCCAGUUACUAAUUUGCUGGUACUGCUAGCAACUGUCUUUCAUCACCUAGUAGUCUUGUCCCAGUCACUGGUUCGUUUGUAGGGUGUCUGCAUUUUACCCUUUAUAAGAUGUGUAAGUAUCAAAGAAUACCUGCCCUUCUAUCUUGCCUCUUUUAAAACAAGCUCCUAAACCCAGAUAUGUUUAGGACCAUGAGAAAGUGAUAGGCAUUCAUGGUUAUAUGUAUAUUUAGUGUGGUGCUAAACAAAAUAUGUAUAGAGAGAUGUAUUUUACCGAGAGCAUAUAAAGGAGAGCGUAUAAAAAUGUGAAAUGCUGAAACCAUGUUGCAGUAUUAGUCGAAUUAAUAAACUUUCCCCGUUUUAUUUUGACGAUUCUUU